AUGGCCAGACGUUUUCUCGUCCCUCUCUUUCUUGGAACUGGUAGCGUUCUCUUUGGCUCCCACAUUUUUGCAGGAAGCCCAAAGUCAGAAAUAACAUCUGCAGUUUCUGAUUCAUCAAUAUUCAAGACAUUGCAGAAUUCUUACAAGGAUAUUUUAUCUCAACUUGAUGAAAUGAAAAAGAGCGGAAACACAUUGGACAAUCAAUCUCAAGUUGUAGAGUCUGUCUGCUCCAAGCAAUUAAACCCUUCAGUUUGCAAGUCUCUCAUGAACGGAAAUUACGACAAAUUCAAGGCUGGAACAUUCUCCAAUGAAGAUUUACAAAAGUUUGUUGCUCAAGAAAUCGCAAAGCAAAGAAAGAAUAGUGGUGGUGCCGGUCAUCAUUAA